GAGGCAGAGGUGACAGAAGUCACUCCUAAGCACAAGAUCAUAUGACAUGUGGUGAAUCUUAAAAGUCAUGAAUGCACCUGCAGAUAGUGGCAAGUCUCAGGAAAACCAUGUCCACAUGCUUUGGCCCUGAUCACUACAAUAAGAAACCCAAAUAUGGAAAGCUACUUGCAUCCUUACUACUCUGUGUACCAUUUCAGACUAGCCUACUCUGGUGUCAUCAAACCGUUGCCUGACAAGUCCCAGUGGCCUCAUGUGGAUCUUGGCUUCAAGGUCUUGCCGCGGUUGUCCGAGAUAGAAGUUGGGCGGCAAAGAAAAAAUAGAUAUCCAAGCUGCUUGGAAGACAAAGGCAACAAACCUAGAGGCAAAGGGGCCUGGCAGGUUCAGUGCAAGAAUUGCUUUCAAUUUGGACAUAGGACUACAUCACCAAAGUGCCCGCUAAAUGGAACUAAGAAGAGGAAGAGCCGUGCUAAAAAAGAGAAGGCUGGGAGGCCACCUGGUACUAGCAAGGAAGGUGCAAGUACAUCAAAAAGACAGAGGGUUGAGGAGCAAGAAUGUUCAUUCAGCACAGCACAAGAAGGUGCCACCGUCAGCACACCACAAAAAGGUACCACCGUCCCUACAGAAAGCCAACAAGUGAUGUUGACAGAGGGUGUGACAACAAGCAGUACUCCAAAAAGUAAGAAGGCAGUUUUUAAGAAGAAACUUACUCCAACUAAAAAGAAGCUAGCUACCAAGAAGAAACUGUGAAGACCUUUUCAUGUGAUGCUUUUGUAUUUUGAUACACACAGCACCUGUUAUGCUUGUGUGCUACCACCUGUUAUGCUUUUGUGUGGUCCUAGACACAGCACCUGUUAUGCAUAUUUUCAGAACAUGUUAUUGUAUUUUCAGAACCAUGUCAUUCUAUUUUUAGGACCUAUCUUUGUAUUUU